CACGAUCCCGCUCAACUGGCCAAGAAGAACCUACUUCGCUUUUUUUCGGAUUUUUGAGUCUGUCAUAAAAUUUUUGAUUCGGUUUAUAAAAAAAAUUACUCAUAGAUUCAAUUGAGCCGGAGUGGUUAUCGAUGUGACGACUGGAUUUGGGGUGGACGGUGGAAAUUACCUAGUUUGUAAAUUGAUUGCAAAGUGUUAAACUUGAUAAGGGAAGAAUAGGUGGUGGGUUUCUCACAGCAGAAAGAAACCUAACCUCCUCUUUUCCAGGACGAGUGAUUUAUACGGUAGGGUACACCCACGACGAAGGUGAUUAGUUAGUUUGACAUUUGGUUGUUGCAAUUGGAAGAAGAACGAAGAUGAAUAAUAACAACAUAUCAGGGAGACGAGAUGGGCGUGACGCAGUUUGCUCUAACUGCCCUGUAAAUUCCAACCCGGAUGUCCGGCAGUCUCCUAGACGUAGACCUCUCUCACCGGAUGAGAAUCAGUCUGGUCACCAGCCAAGUCAAUCAUCAUUGAGUGGUGGAGGGACAAGAGUCCUAGGAGAUAGCAACACCACCUUUCAAGGGAUUAAAUGUAUCUUGCCGAUGCCCUGGUUCGACACGCUCAACGCGUAUAAUAAGGAUCCGGAUGCGGGAAACCCUAUUCAACAAUCUGAAAGAAGGCCAAUUGCAGAAGAGGAAUGUAUAUCAAGUGAUGACGAAGUUGACUCUGAUUCAGAUCCUGAUGUAGCAAGGCCAAUUCCACAAGAAGACAUGCUAAGUUUUAACAACAAAGACGACACUGAGGAAAUCAGCCACAGUGACUCGUCGGAUAGCCCUCAAAACUCGUCUGAGCAGGAAGAGACCGGAUCACGAACCUCGUCCCCAAUUCCAGAAGGGGAAUACGAAGUGGAAGACAUUGCGGAUUUCGUGGACGGUCUAUACGAAGUCAAAUGGAAAGGCUAUUCUGUUGAGGACAACACCUGGGAGCCCGUCACCAGCUUGCAUGGAUGCAAUGAUAAGCUUUUCGAAUUUUACCUAAAAAGAAAGCGCGAACGGGAGUCUGCUAACUCACAGAAAGGGCGCAAAAAACUUAAACUAGAAGUGCCGCCAGACCCAAGGACGCUUGAAGUGAUUCUUCAGGAAUAUUUUGACAAGAAUGACUCCCACCCAUCCGAUGAAGACGUUCUUAGUAAACAUCAGCUUAUUGAAAAAGGUGGUUGGAAGAAACGGUGGAGCGAAGAGAAGAUGCGAAAAUUCGUUGAGCAGGCCAUGAACGGGAAACUGACUGAAACUCAAACUGAGGAGCUCCUAUACCAAGCAACAUUUUUCCUUGCUCAAAUAGCAAGUCAAAAGAUGCAAGCCGCGUUGAAGGAGUGGACAUCUAUGGUUAAUGGCAUUUCCAAAGGAUGUCCUAUUAUCUCUAUUGAAAAUAAAAUCGAUCUCGCCCAUCCUCCAACAGACUUCACCUAUAUAAAUAGUUAUAUAGCUGCCGAGGGCAUUGAAAUCCCACAAGACCCUCCUACCGGGUGCUCUUGUGAUAGUGACUGCCGGGGUUGUCCAUCAACUUGUUGCCCGAAAAUGGCAGGAGAAUACCAAAAGGGUGGAUAUUACAAAAAAGGAUUGGUAAAAGCUCCACUUGGCACUCCCAUAUACGAGUGCAAUAACCGAUGUACUUGCACGUCCAAAUGCAGAAAUCGCGUUGUCCAAGAUGGUGUCAGCCCACUUCGUGGCAAAAAACUGUGCGUUUUUAAAACGCCAAAUUGUGGAUGGGGAGUGCGGACAGAGAAGCGUAUUAGGAAAGGAGCAUACGUCUGUCUUUAUGCAGGCGAAGUAAUCACCGACGAGAUGGCAAACACCAGAGGCAAGACUUACGACCAAGAGGGGUCAACAUACCUGUUCGAUUUGGAUUUUAACGAGACGGAUUUAGACAACUGUCCGUACGUUAUCGAUGCGAAGAUGUAUGGGAAUAUAUCCCAUUUUUUCAACCACAGUUGUGACCCAAACUUAUGUGUUUAUGGCGUUUGGUGCAACUGUUUGGACCCUAAUCUCCCUAUGUUGGCUUUAUUCGCAUGCAAGGAUAUCCCCGAGGGAACGGAGCUUACGUUCAAUUACAAGAGCUCCCAACAAGCUACGAAAAAGGCAGAAAAUCGAGAUGAUUUGGAUGCAGGAAGCAGUUUACCGCUAAUUAAGCAAACACUAUGUCAUUGUGGUAGCGACAACUGUCGAAUUUACUUGUUUUAGCAUUUUGUGUAUACCACAGCGUUUUUUUUAUAUGCGUUAAACACUUAACCAUUAUUUAUGAAUACAGAGGUUGUUUUAAGGGGUUGUUAGGUAUAGGGAUACUUGCGAUAUGUAUCUAUUACGUCACCAAACCGAAAUAACGAACAUACCUAUUAUAAAAUAAAGACAUUGAUGAAAGUUUA